AUGUCGCUCCCACCUGCUCAGAAAGAUAUAUCUGACCAUCCUGCCUCAGGAUCUGUCGUCGAUCCUGUCAACAAACGCUUGAAAGACGCUGAUGUGGACAGAAAAAUUCGGUUUUAUGGCGUAGUCGAAGCCUUUAGGCAGGGUCGUAUGCCCGAUAAUAAGCAGAUUGACGAGAGCUUGACAUACCUCAAUGAUAAUUCGCCACUGGAUCUUGAAAAACUUUCACCAGAUGGGCGCAAACUUGUUCAGGAUUCUCGUGAUAUUAUUGAGACCGCCCGGCUCAUUGUCAAGGAGAAGAACUCCGACGAACUCUUCCAAAAUUUCGUGUGGCAUACCCGUGAUGUUAGCCUGGAGGGAGCAAAGAAAGACCCAAGUGAAGUUGCUCCAAUUGAUCAGCAAAAAGCUCGCGACGAUGGCCAGCAGGCUGUUCGCCAUGUCCGAACAAUCCUUUCUCUCAUCAUGACAAACUCGGAAGUACGAAAGCUCCUUUCUGACUUUUCUGUUAUUGGUCGAGACCUGCUCGCCAAAGGCGCUGCCAAAGCUGCUGAAAAUCUACGGCCAGGUGAAGAGGCACUCUCUCGGGUUGACGAGCCAGCACCUCAAGAUGAGUUCAUUACCAAAGGAAACAGGAAGGUGGGACCAAACGAGACACCCGUGCUUGAAGCUCGAGUACCUGGUACCGAUACUACUAUCGAGCAGCACCCCCGUGCCGACGACGCUAAAGUAACGACUGGUGAAGGUGAAGAGAAGUCGGGGUCUCAAGUUCUAGGCGAAGGUCGUAACGCCACGCAGGGCCUUAAAGAUCAAGCAAUAGACAGUGCCAAGGAUGGCGCGAAUCAGGCGAAAGACCAAACACAGGAUACUAUCGGUCAACAAGCGAGCCAAGCUCAACAGCAAGGUAACUUGAAUGGUGUUGGAUCUGAUGUUUCGUCUGACGAUAUCGAGGCAAAGAAACAGAGCAUCAUGGACCGCAUGCGUGGCGUCAGAGAUGGUUUCUCAGACCGUGUUCCCCAACAACACAGAGAUCGUGUCAACGAUCACUAUGAACGUGGCAAAAAGUUUUUCACUGAAGAGUAUUUCCCAGAGGAGCGCCGCGACCAAUUUAUAUAUCGUGGAAAAAAGGUUAUCAUCGAGUGUCAAAAGCACGAUGAUUACCAAGGUGCAAUAAAGUGGCUUCUCUCUUAUGCUGAGGAGUACGCUAACCAUGGAAAGACAAUGGCGGGCCAUGGGAAAGAGAGUGGAGGAUCUCUCACUUCGGAUCCAUCCUUGCGCCAAGCUACUUCUGAGUUACGAACGCUUUUGGAGAGGUUCGCCAAUGGUAAAAACAUGAAUAUUAUCUUCGAUUCUGUCAAUGCUCUUGUUGACGAUGCAAGGCGAGAUGAGGAGUUUAGAGCGUGGUUUAGGCGGUUGGAUGCGUUUAUUCGCAAGCUCCUGCUCCAAGCUGGAUACGUUCUAGAAGAAGACUGUAAUCGUGAAGGCAAUGAAGUACGCGAAUCAGGACGUCAAUUCUGGGACCAAAAAUAUCGAGGACAUUUCGACAAUCUCUUUAAUUCCACUGGGAACUGGUUCGCUGCUAUGGGCGAUGACCCGUUGAACAAACGUUUUGGUGAAGAUUGGGCGAGACUCACACGUGAUCUUCUUUUCGAUAGUGAGGGCAGCUUGAAGUUCAAGCCUGAACUAUGGUCGGAUAUUAGGAAAGUUAUUCUGCCGACCUUGGUUGACAAGAUUGGCUAUGUUCCUAUCCCACGAAUCGAGUACACCGAUGAUUCAUUGGAUCUCGUCGUCGAGAAUCUCACUUUGCAAGGCCGCAACCUUUUCCCUAACUACAUGUCAAUGGAAGCGCAUAACUUCCUUAAGUUCAGCCCCUAUAAUGCCAUCACAGACGAGCAUCAUCACGAAUUCACACUUACAUUUGGUCAAAUGCAAGCUGAUAUGCGGGAUGUCGCUUUCUAUUUCCGAAAGAAGACAGGGAUUCCAAAACUAUCCGACUCUGGUCUUGCCGAUGUUGUUUUGGGGGGGGAAGGCCUGACCGCGACGGUGCAUCUCGUGUCAGCGGACAAAGAUCGAACUUCAGUAUUCAAAGUGAAGAACGUUCACGUAAAGGUCGACACGCUCAAGUUUAGCAUACGGGAUUCGAAACAUGAUUUACUUUAUAAAACAGUGAAGCCACUAGCAACUGGCUUGGUGAAGAAGCAGAUUCAGAAGGCGAUUGCUGAUGCAAUUACAACGGGAAUGGAGUAUGUUGAUGGACAGCUUGUUUCGGUCCGGGAUCGAAUGGAAGAGGCCAAAUCUAGUGACGAAACCAAUCGGAAACAAGUUCUUCAGGAUAUGUUCAAACGACAGAAGGACGAAUCGCAACAGUCUACAAAAUCAGACAAGCCCGCAUCGCAGUUUAAAGUGGUUCAUAAUAAACGUGCUUCUGUUAUCGCCACUGGUCACCCUGCUGGGUGGGUCAACCGUACGACCGAAAGAGAAGAGAAAGCUAUGAUCGGGAAGGACUGGAGGAGUGAAGCUUCACUGUUGUAUAACGCGGAAACACUAUUCCUAUGAUUUUAUCACGGCCACGAAAGAUGUACGAUUCAUGUUUAUCGACGAGGACCUUGUUUUACCUUCUUGUCAUACCGUGCUUUUAUCCUUUGACGAAUACUACCCUCAUACAUCUCAGUUAUCAUACUUAUCCCGAUAAUUAUAUGCCCACAUCUCUACGAUUACGCAUACUUUCGCAAAGUACGGUUUCGUGUAAAUAUUGCAAGUUAGUCUUCAUUUCUUACAGAACCAACGACAGGUUAAGCUGGGAUAAUGCCUACAGCUUAAUUGUUUCU